ACACACAAUCGAUCCAGCGAAUCGCGCGAUUCGUGAUCUCUAUUUUGUACUGAAUUACGUACCGGUACGGUACGGAGCUUUCAGUUUCAGCAUUGCCUCAGCCAGGGUUUGAAUUUGAACAAGUGCUGCAUGCUGUCCAACUUUAUGAACUAGAAGUAGAAGAACUUCCUGCAAUUCACUGCCAAGCUGAGAAGCUCCCGAUAUAUUGAUAUCUGCACCUGACAGACAGUUGUCCCGCUGUUAGUGUUAAUGUUAUUCAGCCGCCAAAUUUUACAACUGGCUGCACAUGCAUACAUGUCAUUAUUACAUAUCUGUACAGGCCCACUCACAGCCUACAGCCACAGGCCUAACUUUACAAUUACAUGCAUAGCAUUUCGCUGAGCUGAGGGACUGCACGUCUAAUGUUGUAAUUUGUAGCGGUGUGACUAUACUAUUAUAGCCCAGUUGUGGCGGUUGGUGCAGUAUUGACAUGACAAUAAAUUUUCUGGUCACCGUUCAGUGGAUCUGCUGAGAACUUGAACUUGGCCCAUCCCAGGCAAGUGGCGAGUUUUUUGGCUGCUGCAGUAAUGAAGAAAUAACAUUACACAUUUCGAAAAGACGACAUUAGUUUCACACAGCAUUAGUCAAUGCUCCAUGCAUCACGUCGCUGACAUUACUGAUUUGAACAAAAAAAAAAUGCCUCUUUCGAUAUGGAGAACUCGAGCAACCUGGCCCUCCAGCUCCAGACCUGGGAAAGUGCUCCAAUUGGUAACCAUAAUAUCUUGUAGAUCGACAUCUUGGGCCAGGUCUACCCAUUUUGACCAUAGACAAAGGGGAGUAUGCUUCAUUAAACAUAUCAGUCUCAACCAUCUGGCCCAGUCUACCCCACAUUUAUUUUCUUGGUCCUUACACAAACGUUUUUCACACUUUGUCCCCUCAAGUCGACCUGUCGAGGAGAGCAGUAUUGAGCAGUUGCAACAAUUUGUAGACAAUUCAAAGCGCUUGUUCGUACUGACUGGUGCAGGGAUUUCAACCGAGUCUGGAAUACCAGAUUAUCGCUCAGAUAGAGUUGGAUUGUAUGCUCGUAGUGAUAGAAAGCCUAUACAGUACCAUGAUUUUAUCCAUAGUCCUUCACGUCGACGGCGCUACUGGGCCAGGAACUAUGUAGGAUGGCCUCAAUUCAGCUCUUUUAUGCCAAAUCAAACCCACCUUGCUCUUGCUGAAUGGGAGAAAGUAGGAAAAAUUCAUUGGUUGGUGACACAAAAUGUAGAUGCGCUUCAUACCAAAGCAGGCAGUCAACGUGUAAUAGAACUUCAUGGCUGCUCACACAGAAUCAUUUGCAUGAGCUGCAAGACCCUGACAAGCAGGAAUGUCCUUCAGGAGAGGAUGAUGGCAGCAAACCCAGACUUUCAUACUGAGAAGCAAUAUGCCCCUGCACCUGAUGGCGAUGUGAUCCUUCCUGAUGAACUUGUUACACGGUUUCAUAUGCCUUCAUGUGAGAGCUGUGGGGGACUUCUCAAACCUCAUCUUGUAUUUUUUGGGGACAAUGUCGACAGAGAUAUCAAGGAGUCGGUCUUUCAGAGAUUGGGAGAGAGCGAUUCAGUCCUUGUUAUAGGAUCCUCCUUAGAGGUGUAUUCUGGAUAUAGGUUUAUCCACUCGGCCUGGGAGCAGAAGAAACCUGUUGCAGUCAUCAACAUAGGCAAGACUAGGGCUGACAAGCUAGGACCACUGAAGAUAGAAGGCAGGUUAGGGGACAUCAUUCCUCGCAUCAGGGUAUCAUGAUGCUAUAUCAAGCAGCGAGCAAACUCAGGAAAUUAGGAGCUGAGCAGCUACGCGUCCUCUUGAAGGUACUUACAAGUACAAUGUAUCAAAUAUGCCUGUAUGUACUGUAUUACUGUAGCAGAGUUCUUGUUGCAAAUAUGCUUUUGGUUUGGAAAAGAAUGGUUGGGGGGGGGGUGUAGUAGGGAAGUUGGAGUAUAUUUAAUGCAAUAAUAUGGCUCUGGGAUAAUCAUGAUUUUCAGAUUGUCCUUUUUUUUCAGAAAUGGAUUCCAGCUUAUCAGUCAAACUAAAUUUAAAGAGGAACCCAACCCAAACAAAAACUUGCUUUUAGAGGAGAAAGAAAAAUCAGACAAGUUAAAAGUGAAAGUUUUAACAUUAUCGGACAAACAAUAAAAAAGUUAUGAAUUUUUAAGAGUUGUGAAUAUUGGUAAUCACUUUACCCAUGGAGACUUCGAAUUGGCCUCAAAUGUGAUGUCAUAGUGAUGUAAGGCAAGGAAUACUGUUCCAUGAUGUACUAUAUUACAUGAAAUGGCUAAAAUGACAUUUUUCUUCUCAAAAGUUUAACUUCAAAUUAUAUUUUUCUUUCAUGAGGACAUAAAACAAUAUACUACCUACAUGUAGGCUAUAUUUAGAUUACAGCCCCAGGGUCAGGGGAAUGGGUACUUGGGAGAAAACCACAAAUCACUUAUAAUAAAGUACAUGGCCUAUGCGAAAGUUGUCCUUUGUCAUAAUUUACUUACCAAGUUGCCAAUUUGAAAUCUACAUAGUCUUAGGAACUCAAUUUCAAAACAGUCAUAACUUCUUAUUGCUUGUAAAUUCUUUUAAAUUUUCACCAUUCUGUUUUAUUUAUUUUUCUCCUUUUAAACACAACAUAUUAUGACCAAGGCUGGAUUCCCCUUUAAGAAUCCAACAUAAUGAUCACCCAAGUGUUUGCUGUGAUAUAGCUGAAUGAGUAUUAAAUUGCUAUAUUCACACAAGAAGUACAUUCUGUGUGUAGAUGUGCCUUUUCAACGUAUUACACAUGCCCAUUUGUGCUUGAUCUUUGCUGGCAAGUUUUUUAGCCAAGUUUUGCCUUUAAUUGACACUGAUAGGCAGAUGAAUGUUACAUGUUUUGUAAGGUUAAGGACAAUUCAGCCCAGCUUCUAAACAAGGGCCAAGUUGUCCCAGCUGUUUCAGUCGAUCAUUAGAUACCAAUGUUUGUGAUUCUGUAUUCAUUUUAUAUGAUUUUUCGCAUUCGCCAUUUCUUGCAAUCGUCUUCGACUCGCAUAAUUUCUGCAUGAUCCUUACACGGCCGAGUUCGUGGUCUGCAUUUUACUCAUAAUGCCGUCAAGGAAGCAAAAGUCAGUCAAGAUAUUUAACCCACCAGGCGCAGCACUACACCCAAAUUAUCGGUCUUUUUAUCGUUUACUAGCACACAUGAUUUGCAUAAAAUGAACAAGUGUAUCUAAAAGGUGCAAAAUAAAGUAAACAAAUUUGAACCGAAAUCUCAGUUAUUACUGUAAUUAAUGGUGUGAAAUCUAAUGAAAUGAAGAAAGUAAUAAAUUUCUAAACCAUACAUUAGUCCGUUGUAAAAAUAAGCUUAAAAAUAUCUUUAGGGAGGCUAUUUAUGUUAGGAAAUAAAAAAAUCAAAGUAAAAAGCUCACCCAAAAUUCAAUUUUUUUUUGACCGGCUACAAAAUGAAUGCUAUGAGUAUUUAAAAAAAUAUCAAUUGUGUAUCCCUGUAAAUCUUGUGCAAUAUAAUUGUGCACAACGAUUAUGUAAAAAAAAGGUAAUCUGAUAUCAAAGUUCAAAAUAAUUGUCUCGCAUCCGAUCCAUUGCAUUAAUCCUAGUGCAUUAAUCCUCAUUGCAGUCCCACAUGUUCAUAUUUGAGUGUGUUGUGUUGUGUGGAAUUGCAGCUCAUUAAACGACCAUGGCGGAUCUUUUGGGGGGAGUGGUAAAAGGUUUAACCCCCUCCCCCUUGGGCUGCAAAGUAAAAAGUAAGUAAUAACCUAUGUUUUGGAGCCCAUUACGUUUUUGUGCUUUUCAAAUUUUUCUGGAGCAAAUAACCUACAGUUCAUAGUAAAACCCCUUUUUUAUUGAAGAUGUGCACCAAAAGUUUUAUAAUGUAUGUUGAUACAAGUUUAAUUAUAGUUUUACUAUUGGGAAUAUCAUUACAAGUGACUUUCCCUAAACUCAAUAGCUCUUCUUCAUUUGUUGGUGUUAAAAACAGGUAAUGCUGAUUAGGAUCUUUUAUUAAGAAAUCAUUGAAUGCUUUACUACAGUCAGGUAUACCCUUUUACAGAUUUGGCCCAAUGCUACAAAAGUAAUGAUUGAAUUUUCAGCAAUCAGAUUUGAAUUCUCAACUAAUUGUCCAUCAAUUUCCAUGGAACAAAUGUUGGAUUUUUUGCCCUUUUAAAGAUAUUAAUCACAAACCAUGAUGAGUAGUAGUUUGCUUAAAUAGUGCAGCUCACACGAGAUUGAUCUAAUUUAGUACUUCUAUAGUGUAACUUGUUUUUCUAAUUUUCUUAUUGAUAGAUUUCACAAGCAAUCUUGUUAUCAAUGGCAUUUGGGAAAUUUCCUUGACUACUGCUCUUCUUUUUACACAAUGGUAUAUUCACAUCAUGCAGCAAUAAAAACUAGCUCAAUAAUUUAUCAAAAGCAAUAUUAACAUUUUGAUAAAGAAAUAUCACUCCAGUCACGGCAGCUAGGGCAGCCUUGAAUUAAAAAAAAAUGUUUUGUGAGUUGCUUCUUCGAACAUAUUUGCAAUGACUAGUAAUAGCUGAAGUUUGUUUCAUUGAAGUCUUAGCAUAUAGAUAGGGAAAUGAUGAGAUAUGUCAGAUAUUAUCAGCAUGAGGAAAAAUAUAUUGUCAGAUAGGGUAGUCGGAUAUUCUUGUGGGUUUCCUGAUUGAGGGAAUCAAAGAAAAAGACACAAGGAGAUUUAAAAAAUCAUCAGAGGUACUAUUUUCAUUACAAAUUAACAAGUUAAGACUAUAAUCACCAAUAAGAAAAAGUGAUUUAUUUCUCAGUAGCGGACUAGACAGUAUGAAAAGAUUGACAUUUCUUUGUGGUGGCCUAUAAAAUACACCCAACAUAAUACUACGUUUAUGUGGGAUAAAGACUUCAACAAAAAGAGUGUCAAGCACAUCAUUCAUAAAAGUAAGUUCUUGAAAUAUUUGGUAGACCAUGGCAGUUGGAAUGUAUAGGGCAACACCCCCGCCUCUCUUACUUUGCCUAUUAUUAGAGACAAGAUCAUAACCUGGUAUAGAAUAUAAGCUCGUGUCAAGGUCAUUAUUAAAUAUUAAACCAUGUUUUGGAUACAAUAAUGGCUGUAAAUCCUUAGCUAAAUCGUUUGAUGAAGGAAGUUAAAUUAUCAAACUCUUACAUAAACUUAAGUAAGGUCGCUUUUCUCUGAAUCACACACUGUUUUGAAAAAUUGAUUUUCUGUACAGAAACUACAAUUGAUUGGAAUUUGUUUAUCAUAUUCAUCAUAUUGUUCCAUAGUACUGACAGAGGAUUCAAAGAAAUUGCUAAUGUUGGCAUUAGCUUCAGUCAUUAAAAAGUAGGUCAAUUACUGCUAAGUGAAUCUGAUGUUUUCAACUCAAUAAUAUGAUGCCAACUGAGUAGUUGGAGUAGCGUAAAAUAAAAUCCAUGCUAGAUAAUAGAAGCAUAGAAAAGAAAAAAUAGAACAAGGAAACGUGAUAAGUAUAAAAUAACAAAAUGCAAGUAUUUUAUAACCAAAAUUGAAAACUAAAAUAUUAACUUAAUCUUCAUGACCUAAGGCAUCUCGCAAGUAAAACAAAGAAAAGUUAUAUCAUCACUUUCCUUUAUCUCAAGUAAUAAAAAAGUCAUUUUAGAAGAUUUUCCCACGGCUCACUGCAGAGGCACAUGUUGUGGAAUGAUUAACUCGUAUUGUUUUCCUCAUAAUAUCCAUCAACUCUGUAUUGCCCUACUCUCCCUCGUUGCGGGUAUGCCGGAUGUACACCCCAUCUUUCUCUGCAAUGUAAGUUAACCAUAUAUAGCCACGAAAAGGGAUGAUACCUAUACCUAACAUGUCGUUCUGGAGAAAGUUUCUUUGAAAUACAAGGUGGCAAGCAGAUGCGAUGGUGAUGCAACUGGAAAAUACAGUAGGUCACCUUCAAACAGUUUUGACAUUUUCAUGAAGAGGGCUCUAAAUUAGAGGCAACACCGUCUUAAAAAGUCCACGUCACUGACGCAGUAGUCAUGGAUUUCCUCAGAUGUGAUGAACUCUUUGCCAGAGGACACCUCUCUAUCUUACCAGACCAGAAACUCUUCUCUCUUCUUGGAGGACAUCUCAGCUGGUUAAUAAUACUGGGCAUCUGGAAUGCACCCUCAGUAAUUUGUGUUUGCUUCUAAAGAAGUGGGGGAAGAACCCAUUCUUCCCUCAACCCCAAACAUGACUGGGAGUCCAGACAGUGGCAUCACUAGAAACUUGGGGGAGUCGAUAGAUCUGGUUUGAUUCAUUGCUCCCUUCAUGCUCAUCAUGCUCAUGAUUUUACCACUUGCCAAAAUCAACUUUGGGAUAAUACAAGUACUCUUGAAGAAAGACACCAUCAUAGCUCUUCUAGUUGUGAGCGAUGAAGGAGGAUCACUUAAUGUCCUCAUCAUUGUUGGUUCAUUUGCAAAAAUUAAACUUUGUCUGGUGACUCUGGUCCUUGAAAAACAAAUUGUUUUUCACCCGCUUUUCCAUAGUUCUUGCAAUUUCUCUCAAACGGUUGAUCGGCACACAAUUUACAAGCCUUUUGUGCCAUGCUAUAUCUGAGAACAUGUUUCCCCGUGUCCUGCAUACACUCAAAGUCAAAGAAUACAAACUUUGAGAUCUUUCUAAAUUUUGCUCUCUUUGCAGUUCUUCCUUGUCCAUAUUUGCUGCAUUUUUUUCAUCAAUGGUUAUGUGGUAGUAACAUGGGUUUUCACUCAGCAUGUUGCACUUAUGCACAGGAUCUACAAACCUACAGAGUUUACAUAUAGUCUCCCCUUGAUCCUGCUUUUUCAAUAUUUAUUUUUGCUACAAAGUGUUUGGCACAGUUCUCAUUACAAGUAGCGUUCACAUAUCUUCAAUAGGUAUCGCUCGUAACAUGAUUUAUAAUUUGAAGUUGCGAUGCCAGCUGUCGUAUUUCACAUGCUCUUCUUCAAAUGCAGGGCCACAUUUGAUGCUAUGGCACAUCUUGCAGGUGUAGAUGCAAUUGUGGUCAUAUUUGCGGCUAAUACCCACAGACACUUUUUGCAAAAGUAGCAUUUAUCAAAGAAUUGUCUCAUGGACGUAGAGAUUGUAUGCUUCCUCUCUUCUGGGCCGGCAUAAAUGAUAAAAUUCAAAUGUUUCAUAGAUACAAGGACAGCACAAUUCUUGCGCUCUGUACUUUCAAAGUUUUUUGUUUCUUUGAUGCAGCAAUUUGUAUUCCUUGGUAUCCCCAUUUCCCUAUACAAGUCCUCCACAUAUAUACAUGCUGCUCCUUAUUUCCCUGGUACUGGCAGUUUGAAUACCAGUAUAGGUGUUUUUCUAUUCGGCAGAUGCCUGUCACAAUCGCCCUCGGGUAGCACUUAUUAUCUUUUAUUUCUCAUAAUGAUAACACUUCUUUCUUGAGUGACUUUUCAGGAAGAUCCUGAUAUUUUUUGGUGGGUCUCCUACCUCCUGGAAAAGCCAUGUGAAUUAAGUUGAAUUCUACAUUUUCAUGUAUGCUCAUUUCUUCAUGGGAUUGGAACGUUGCUUCCAACUUUGAUGCAAACACCUCAUGAUUUAACUGAUCAAAACGGAUAAAUGGCAAGCUUACUGACCUGUUUAAUUCAGGUGCAUUAAAUUCUAAUCGCACAAAAUCCCUAUCUCUUUCUCCAUGUAGCAUCUCAUCUAAUAUUAAUCUAAUCUACAUUGCUUGUUAACAUCUCAAUUACCCUGGGCAUCAAUUUUUGGCCCAUUUCUUUCUACAGGUUGAAAGGAAACUUGAUAAUCUGUUUCAUUGGCAUUGUAUUUCCUAAUAUAUUUAUGACUUACUCUAGUUACAUUAUGCAUAGUAAGUGUGGCUCCUCUGAUGGGAAGUAUUUCCAGGGUGUGAUUCCUGGAAAAUCCUCCAACUCCAAUGUGGCUGGUGGAUGGGCCUAUCAAACCCCCAAAUCCACAACUACCGAAACAUCCCCACUAAUUUUGUUUGUCUUUCCUUGUGAAAGUAUAAUGAUAUUAGAUUGUUAAUUAAGAUUUAUGGUUAAUAGCCCCAUCUGGCAAAAAUCAUUAACUGCAAAAAAAAGGCAGACUGGAGCUGUCUACAUGUACAUAUAACAAAUAAUACAAAUUAACAGAGGUAUAAAAAAUUUAACUUCAUACUGGUCUAAAAGGACAUCAUUAUGCUAGACAUUGCAUGUUUUAACACCAUCAACACAUACCAUUAAGAACCUUGUAAAAGAUUAAAUUUCAUCCUCUCCUGAUAGAGGAGGCAGGAGCAUAAUUUGCUUUCUAGACCUGACUUGUUCUUUUGUUUUGCAACACAUCUGUACUUCAGCAAUACCAUACCAAAGCAAUGUUCACAAUGAAAGUAGUAUUUUGAGUUUGCACCAUAGCAUUCAUGGUUAGCACUGAAUUCUAAUCUGUAAAUUGAUAUGAGCAUUGGGUGGUAUUUAUGCCUUUCAUGUUAUUGGGAUGAUGCAGUAUUACUGGCUAAGUUUUAAUGGAAUGCAUUGUUAAGUGCUCUGGAAGUUUUGGGGAGGGUAAUACUAUACAUGUACAUGUUGGUCACUUUGUCAUACACUUCACCCGACUUGGAAUUAUUUGGCUUCAUGUAACAGCUACAGAUGUAUUGCUUCUUUUUGAUGGAUUCGAUAAGAAAGCGUGUUCAUCUCUUGAAGAUUACUGUCUUGGUAUUGGAAAUAUCAGAUUCAGUUUUAAAAAUAUCAUCUGGGUUUCACCUCUAUACAUGUAUGUUUGUCAGUAUUACAAUCACUUUCUUCUUUGUCCUUCCUAUUUGUGCAUUCUGAAACUGGAUCAUCAUUUUGAACUGGAUCAUGAUUAGUGUACAAAUAAAUGUUUAUCUAGAUAACUUUAUAAAUAAAUGAAAGAAAAGAGAAAAACCUGCCUUCUGUCUUGCUAGAUAAUAAAGAAGAGAGAGAAACCUAGGAGAGUGUGAGACAGAAACUGGCAAUGCAAAAAUUCAGAGUUGCCAUGGUGGUUUCCUGCAAACUUUGAGUUUUAUUUCUUUCAUCCUCUGACAGGAUCUCUCCUUUCAAUCUUAGAUCAAUGAUGUUAGCAAGGUAGUGUGCUGGUAUCAUCACUUUCUUGUGCCUGUUUCUAUUCUUCCCAAGGGCUUCUUUUUCCGCUCUUAGCUUUUUGCCCAUUUCCUUCCAUAUGUUCAAUGCUCUCCCUAUGCUGUAAGCAUCUGUUUGUACCUGGUGAUGAGCAGAAGCAAUGGAUGAAAGCCAAGCCAACAGUUCUUCAGUAGAUCCCUUCAGGGAAAGUUCAAUUACUUUCCUUUCUAACCUUCAGGGGUGCUUUUGAUGAAAAUACUCCUGUUCAGACUACAGUAAUCCAAGGCUAGCUAUCCCAUGAAAAUAUCUUAAAACAUGUAAAAAGAUUUUUUUUAAAGAAGAUAAAAAAAACUCACCGAAUUGAAGCUGAGAUCUAUGGCAUCCAUCAAAUCCAUAACUUUAAUCUAUAAUGUACAGUAACGUGGACUCGUAAAUGUGUCAUGAAUUUUUACUGUUUUUUUUUAGAUUGUAUAUCUGCAAUACUACACAGGGUGCUACAUAACUUUUUUGAAGCGCUUGCCCGGUCGGGCAAGAAAAUUUCCAAAUAUUGAAAAAACACUUGCCCGAAAGUAAAUUUCACUUGCCCGACAAAAAAAUCCUUUAUAAAAUCAUUUUAUAUUAAAAAAUUGGACACUAGAGGUCUAUAGCUUCAAUACACACAAACAACAUGAAGACAGUUACAUAUUUCAUUUUACAGAUGAAUAAUCAUUCUGUACUUUAUUCGUGAUGAAGCAUAACGUUUUCUUUAUGCAUGAUUUACCAACUGCAACAUGGCAUAUGAUAUUGGAAAUAAACAUUUGCACUUUUGUAAUUGACCCUGGCUCUUUGAAUGUGAUGUGAUGAUUGCACUACAAAAAUAUAUGUCCUUACUCUAGUUUAAAUUUGAUCAUGAUGUCAAUCAAUAUCCAGAUGAUCUAUUGAAAAAAAAAAUGAUGAAAAUCCAAAGCAUGAAGGUUUCAUAUGUUUUUAGUUUUGGGGCCGAAAAGGGAGUUUAGUCUGCCAAUUUUUAACCAUUUAAUAAUGCAAAACUUUCUUUAAGACUAGUUGAAUAAGAAAACAAGAUUAAAAUGAGAUUCAAACUUAGAAAAUAUGAAUAAAAGAAAGAACCAAACAAAACAAACAUUUUUAUAUGUUCAGGUAGAUAUUUCAACUUUGUCAAUAUAGAAGUCAAUGCUAAAAACAGAGAAAUUAUGAUUGGCCCUGGUUAGCAAGUAGAAAAUUAAGCUUGAAAGCCCAAGGGGUACGAUAUGCAUAUCCUUUAAAAAAAAACCAAAACGGUUUAACACAAUGGUUAUCAACAGGUCAGGACUCUCAUGCUAUUAUGGAAUCUUUAACAGGGAUAUCCCUAAGGAAUAGGGUUAGAAGAUGUCAUCUUGAGCAUCUAAGUCAUGACCUGUUGAUAGCCAUUGUGAUAUGGGGAGGCUGAGAUGAGCAACAACUUUUUAAAAUUGAAUAAAAAUGAAAAUACAUGUAUGGCAUAAUGUAUGAAACCAGUGGAUGAAGACAAACAAACAAUAGUAACGCUGUAACUGGAGUCAGUUCAAUUAAGCUUGGUUCAAAUUCAAGGCUUCAAUCCUUGAGGCAUCAUGUCAGUUAAUGAUCAUCAUCGUCAGCUCUGGUGGCUGAGGCAGAUGUGGAGACUGUAGUACGUCUUGAUGUUGACAACCACCACUUUUCAACAGCUCUCGAUGGAUCGUAUUGGGCUGUUGAUGGGCCAUGCAUGGAUAUGCACAUCAGUUUGUGAAGCAUGUCUACAGACAACCGUGACCUCCAGUCAGUCUUUGUACGCUUCAAGAGGGAAAAUCCCCUCUCACAGGCUGCUGUAGGGGCAGCAAGAGUAUGAUCUCAAUCACACCCAUCACGUUUGGACAUUCCUCCAUGAGGUCCUCAUCGCUGAAGGCCUGCUUCCAUACCUUGGAACGGCGAGUGUGUGACAUUCUACUAAUAUGUGUCUUUAGCACUGCCCACUCAUGAUGAAUUCUGUUGAUGUUUGUAGGUUCCAUAGCAUCCCUGAAGUGGUCAAUGACGACAUCCACAGCAGCAUUUCCAUAGGCGCCUAGGGUCUCCUCGGUUGGCCAUCUAGUAACAUCGAUGAUAUCACAUGCUGCAAGUAUUAGAUCUGACUGCAUGCUUUCGAAGCGCUUGUAUAGAUGUUCAGCUAUGUCAUCCAGUAUGGUUGAUCUAUUGGCAAAAAAAUGAAAGCAAAAAACUUGUAAGAUGUGAGCUUUGAAGGUUUGUAAAUUGUAAGAAUUACUAAUAGAUGGGCAGACUGACAAAUAAUCUUUGUCACCUCAUUAUAGUUUUUAAAGUCUUCUAUUUCCUAAGGUAGUACUUGAAGAAAAUCAAUGACGUGGACUAACAAGUAAUUGAAAUAUAUGUUAGAUAUCAUUUUUAGAAGUUCAUAUUUUCCCUUCAAUGUGAAAAUAUUAUUUGUGCAUGUAUAUUAUGAUGUAUGAUUAUGAUUUACUGGAUUUAAGCCAUUGGACAAUCACAUAAAAAAAUUAAAUAGAGGAAGGUGAAAUACCUUAGUGCAUUGAGAGAUGUGAUAGCAUCAUCAUGAAGAGGUUCCAUGUCGACACCCUUGUACUGUCCUGAGCUAACUUCCUCCACAAAGGCUCCUUCUGCCUCACCGACUGUAGACUUGAGUCCCAUGAGUCUAAGGUCACAAGUUUUUAGAGCAUUAACCCCUCCUGCAACAGUGAGUACAUCCUCCUGAAGUCUGAGACUAAGUCUGUUCAUAAAAAAUAAAAAAAAUAACUUAUUAAAGAUGUUAAAACGUUUUACAUGAAACGUUGAAAUGAAAUUAAUGUGUGAUAAAUAUGUGUUUACGAUCAGUCCUGUGUAAAUUCCAUGAAAUAAAUUGAUGUUCUUCUAGAAUGAUAGAUCUGUAAAAUUUAAUCUUUAUUAUGCAGGCCUUUUAUCAGGCUUGCCUUUCACAGCAAAACAUUGUUCUUAAGUCUGCAGUAAACUGUAAAUUAUGCAUUCAUAGGGCCUCCUGUACAUGCUACUUACCUACUAAGGAUGUCUAAUACAUCCAUGAUAAAGCAGGAGAACCUCACGAUCCUAUGAUCUUUCAGGAUUCGCAAGGACUUUCUGGCUCGGCCUUGCAUCUCAGCACUUCCAGCUCGCUGCUCUACCAUAUUUUCCCUAUGUGCUGAGAUUGCCUCGAAGCUUUCCAUCAAAGCCCGGAGAGCAGCUUUGAUAUGUGGCAGCCACCUGGUUCCCUGGACAUUACCAGGUCUCAGCAGCCUAGUCUCCAUUACCUCUGCCACUCUUUGCAGAUCUCUCCAAGAUUUUGGUGACGCUUUGUAGGUUUUAAACAUCCCUUGUAGCAUGUCAGUGAUGCGCUGCAUCUCAUGAUGUUGUUUGAUUACAUCCAUUACUCCCAACUCCAAACGAUGGGCCAUGCAGUGGAUGUUGUAGAGCCAGGGAACCUUUUCUCUCAUCAAGGUUGCCAAUCCUCUCUCACGUCCAAUCAUAACUGCUGCACCGUCUGUUCCAAGAGCAACGAUGGAAGACUGCCAGUUGUCAAAACUGAUAGCUUCCAGUGCUGCACAAAUAAAAAUGAAUUAAUGAUUUAGAUUGAAUCAAAAGAGGUAGUCAUUCCAAUUUAGUAAUGUCAUAGAAAUUCCCAUCUGUCUCAAAGUGAAACAAAUUAUGUUAAUACUAACUCAAAUAUUAUGUAUAAUCAUCAAGUGUUUAGAUGUGAAUUAACAAUAAUCUCUUAUGAUUCUCAAGUACAGUAUUCAAAAUUAAAUCACAUCAAAAUUGCAAAUCACAUGAUAUUUUUCAAUGCCUACUCAUGAGGAUGAAAAAUAAGUUGGAAGUGUUUUAGUUAAGGAUGGAUAUUAUAUAAACUUAUUGAAAUGAGUUCUGAAUUGAAAAUUAAAUUAGUGAUAAAAGUUAUGCAUACACACCAAGUUUAAUUGCAUUGAAAUGACCAGGGGCAUUAGCAUGUUCCAAUUCUUGUAGGCCAAUGAGGACGUUCACUGGCACACCAUUCUUCAGGUAUCUAGCAUACAUCAGCUCAAGGUCCCGAUUGCUGGAGUCUGUACUGCUAUCAACAAGGAUACUAGUGUGUUUGGCACUUCGGACUUCAUGAAAAAUGGGUUCCAUGAUAUCAUUGUAGAUGAAAUCCACAAAUCUACACAAGACAGGAAAGAGAAAAAUUUACAAAAUGGUGAUGAAGAUUACUUAGUCACAUGUUUAAUAUUUAAUGAGAUCUUUUAUUCCGAAUUUCAACAAUUAAGUUUACUUUGUAUAUUUUUGUGAAGUUCAUCACUUUGUCAUUGUUCGAAUGGGAUGAAAUGAAAUUAAUGAGACAGAAAGAAGACAAUUCGAGAAAGAAACAAGUUAAAGAAAAAUAAAGAAAUGAGGCAAGCAAAAUAAAAAUAGAUGAAGACAAUUGAAAGAGAAGGGAAAACAAAGAUAGGAAGAAAGAGAAAACACAAAAAUAGAAAGUUGAGAAAAGACAGGGGGGAGAAAAAAUUAAAAAUGAGGAAAAGAAAAAUUAGGCCUAACUUUUGUUCUACAUAGUAAAGAAAAAGAAAAACGGAGAAAGGAAAGAGGAACAAGAAAAGAGAUUUUAAAAACAGGGAAGGAAGGUGACAGUCGUGUACUGAAAAUAUUAUUUUGAGAAGUGGAAUUGCUGUUAUCUUCAUUUUCAUAGAUUAAUGAUGCAUUGGGCUCAGUUUUGAAAAUGAAAUAAAAGUUUUGAUACUUCGUACGAAGCCUACUCCGUGCACCCUUUUCCGAGCCCAGUGCCAACGCCAAUAAAUCAGCGGCGGCCGGCCGGACCCCGUACCACGGCUGUGCGAGAGGCCUAACGACACAUGUAAGUUAGGGGCAGAGCCAGGAUCGGUGGUAGAUGAAGCCGACUCCGUAUAAAAUGACAGGCGAGUCAUAAAUUUUUAUUACCAUCAAUUGCAUUCCAAAAUUGUGAGGACAGUAGUAGUACUCAAUCGUUAAUUGAACCGAUAACGUGAUAAGGGUGUCAAAAACACAAAAAUAUUGAAAAAAGGGUAGGGGAGACCGGGAUUAGUUGGAACAUGGGGUAAGUUGAAACAUUGUAAUUUUCUUUAACGUCUUUAAAUAAAUUUCUGCAAUACUGCCCUCAAUUUAUUGUCAUUAUCAACAGCCAUCCACCAUAUUACAGACAGCACCUGUGCAACAAGCCUGGUGAAGUUAAUAAGGAAUUUUUGUUUUUUGACCUUCUGAGUAAUUUUUUUCUCUUUCAGAAAUGUUUGAUUAUCUCAGAGAAGUUUAUAGAUCAAGUUGGCUAGUUUGGGGGUAUAAUAGACACUUAUACCAAGCUACAAAAUGAGGUUAUUAAUAUGCCAUGGUGAAGUCCCUUUUUUGUGCUGUAAGCUUAUAAACGUCAAAUGGGCCUCCGGGGUUAGUUGGAACAAAAUUGAAGGGGCUAGUUGGAACAUGUUCCAACUUACCCCAAACAUAAUUAUGAAUAAAAACAUUGGAUAUGAGAAAAAAAUAUAUAAAGUAUUUCACACUCUUCUGAACAUGUAUUGUAUACCAUGCUUGUUUUGUUUAUCAGUUAGGUCUGAGUGUGCAUUUAAGGCCUAUUGUAGGCCCCUAAUGCAAUAUUAACCCUUAUCAAACUGGAGGGGGGGGUCAAUUUGAGCCCCCCCUCAAGAAAUGUCGUCACUACGCCGUCGCGCGAUUUUUUUUUUACUACACUGCUCGCUGACUUUUUACUUUCAAGUCUUGCGCAUCAUUUGAGACCAAAUUUGCGAUGCCUGUGUGCGCGAUUUCGAAAUUACGCAACAUUUUGUAUGUGCAUGUUCGGACCCAAAAUUGCUCAAAAACGUGAUUCCAUGUACAUUACAAGGUCAAUGCAAAUUGUGUUUUUCAACCAAAAGUCAUAAAUGUAUGAUUAUUUUUUUACUUUAGUUGGUUCAAAUAGAUUUAUUUUAUGCUAUUCAUGAUCGCAAAAGAGUCCCGACAAAGUUCAUCGGAAAAACAAAGGUUCGAAAAAAAAAAAUACAAAUAAAAAAUUUAAAAAAUACAUAAAUUUUAUUUUUUGCAAUUUUUGGUGGAAAUUUGUAAUAAAUGUGAAAAUUGAUACUCCCACCAAAAAUUAGCAUUCUACUAGCUUAAUAAAUAGAGUUAAAGGCAAAAACAUACAAAAAACAACAAAUUUAGGGCAAAUUUCAUAUGCUUAUUUGCAUAAGUAAUUAAUGAAAAAAAUAUAAACAAUUAAUUUUUGUCCUACAAAUUUGAUGCAGAAGUACAUGAAAUUGCUGAAAGUACACUUAAUUGCAUGUAAAAUCAAACGCACCCAAAUAUGCGGAAUUCUACUACACAGUCAGCUUGCGUGAGUGGCUGUAUAAUAGAAAACAUAAAGUUCAACAAAUCCACACUUAAAAAUUUUGAACUUGAAUAAAAUAAAGCAAAUAGGCUAAAACCAUGUAAUAUUACAGUUUUAAGUAGUUUUAGUAUAAUUCUUAAUUGACCAUGCAGUGUUCCAACUUACCCCAUACCAUGUUCCAACUUACCCCGUAUUGGGGUAAGUUGGAACGUUUGCGAUGGUCUUGUUCAAGGUGGAUUUUUUCAGUAACCAUAAUAGAGUUAAACAUUUUAUGGGGUACAUUUGAAGCCCUUAGAUAUAUACUUCAAGCUGAUAUAUUGAUUGUUUCUCGAAUAAAAUCUAUUUGGAUUUUACAGCCAUUUUUGUCAAAAAUGUUCCAACUAACCCCGGUCUCCCCUAUCUAUUUCGCUAGGAAAGUGACGUGUUUAGGGUCAAAUUUGCGGGGAUGAUAAAACAAAAUUAAAAUGUUUUAUAAAGGAUGUCCUUUUUGUCCCAACACUACGUGUUUAGAGUCCGAUUUGCGCGAGGUGUGGAAGGUGGGGCCGUACUCAACCAAAAUGUAUAAAGGUAAAACCGACGGACCCGUGCAUGACAACAAUAAAAUAUUCCUCUAUUUGUUUAGGGGUUCAUUUACUUGCCAAGAGUAUCGUUUUGUUUCCAAUACUUGUUAAGAGGUUCUUUUUCAGAAUAUGGAAAAUACGUGUUUAGGGUGCUUUUCGAGACCCCAUGGUCGCGCAUGGUAUCCACUCGUCAAUGGAAGCGGCCCCCCCCCCCGGGAAAUUUACGUGUAUUCACUUUCAACCAGCUAGUUAGCCAUUCCACACGUCAAUUUACGUUUGUUAUAUUUAUAAAUUAUAAUGCACAACGCCAUUAUUACGUCAAUCACCGAGCGCGAGACGUAGUACCAGCGUGCACUGCGCACAGCCCUGGAAAACGUGACGUCAUCGUCAUUGAGGCUGAUCUUCACACUUCGCUGCUUUUGCAUGUGUGAUUUCUUUUAUUUUUUCUUUCCCCGUAAAAAGCUACUGUACUGGUGAUUGAUACAACAAACGAAUAAACACAGUGUACGAGCCUACAUAGGCCUUGAGCUUUCUCUCAAAACUCUUGUAAUAAUGAGCCAAUGUUUAUGACAGUCAAGUUUUAAUUAAAUUACAAUUUUAAUUUUUGAGUCAAUAAUUUGAUAAUUAAAAAAAAAAUCUUACCUCCGACAUGCGUUGUCACUACUAUACAUUGAUCCCAAGCUCAGACCGUUCUUAAUCUGCAGCUCCACGAUGCUUGGAAAAGUGCGGAAAGAAAGUUCCUCUUUCACGAUGAAGUAGGCAGUGCUCAUGAGUCUAUUCAUUUGCUCAAAGCGAUGUUUCUCCAUCCUCCGCGCUACGCCAAGUAGAGUUGAUGGUACAUCUUUGGCGGCAAGAUCAUCAAUUUUUUUUUGCUUCCUUCGAUCUUUGGUGGGCCUUGCUUUUAGAGUGCGAUUGUAGCAUUUGCUUCCUAAAUGUGGCAGUUCCCUCAAGAAAUGGGUUUUUAUCACCACUUAAAUCGUACUUGCGACACCACAUACACCACAUGCUAUUUGUCUCCUCACAGUAUUCAACCCAUUCAAAGUCAUUUUUCCACUUUACUUGGAAUUGUCUUGCCCUUUUUCCCUCAUAUUUCCUUUUAUUCUUUGAUUGGGAUGGAGGUUCAGUCUCAGACUCCUCAGGUUCGAGUCGAUUCCCUGCCGACUUUGGUGGGAAAAAAUCCCACAAACGAUUUUGGCCACUCAUAUUCACAAUUCAACAUAUGCAACAAAAUGCAAAACAACAACUUUCAUCAACUGAUUCUAAACGGCAAGUUAGAAAACUAAGCCAAGAAGCCCAUCCCAAACUUGCCUUUCUUCUGAUAAGAGUGCGUUGUUUUCAAUUUACACCAGUACUAGUCUUUCUUCUAAUACACUGCAAAAACCAGGGUGUUAGAUUCAACACCAUAGGUGUUAAUAUUAACACCAUCCCGGUAUCUAUAUCGGAAAACACCAGUUGGUGUUAUAGAACACCAAGGACUGGAAUUGAAUAUCUUAAUUCUACUCUUGGCGUUGUAAUCCAAUUCUAUUUUUGGUGUUAAUAUAUAAUCCAACACCAUUUUUUGGUGUUACAAUGAAUCUGAUUUCUGGUGUUAUUUAACACCAAGGUCUGGAAUCAAAUGAUUUUAAUUCUAUUCUUGGUGUUGGAAUUCAAUUCUAUUUUUGGUGUUUGUGCAAAAUCCAACACCCGUGUUCGGUGUUACAAUGAUUCCUAAUUUUGGUGUUAUUUUACACCAAGUAUAGAAUCAAAUAGUAUAAUUCUUCUCUUGGUGUUGCAAUCCAAUUCUAUUUAUGGUGUUAUAUUACACUAAAGAUCUGGAAUUAAAUAUUUCAAUUCUACUCUUGGUAUUGCAAUUCAAUGCUAGUCUUAGUGUUUAAAAAAACUCAAGACACCAUUCUUUCAACACCAACAAUUCAAUUUAGCUCACUCAUUCAUAACACAUGCACAGAAAAUAUUCAAAUACACACAAUAAGUUAAAAGAAACAAACACUUGGUGCUUAUUUAUUCAAUAAAUUAAACAACUUGUUCUCAUUCAUGUUGAAUUCAAUGAUGCUUAUAGCGUUUUUAUCUUGUAUGUCUCAACAUUAAAUCGUUUUGUCAUAUAUUCAAAAUCUGUGACUCAUUUGUCUGAAUACAACAAAACACACUAUCUUUUUUAAUCAUUCAAAAUUUGUUCAAAAUAUGAAUGCACCCUUAUAAGUAGAAAAAGAUGAAAAAAUAAGGCUUGAGGAUGAAUCAAGUAACUAAACUCUUUUAAAACAUUUAAAAAUGUUAUUAUUCCUUUCAAGGAAUGAAAAAUCAAAGUACUUUCUAAUAAAUAGAAACUAAACAGGAUGCAAAAUGCAUGUAUAACUGAAGACAAAACAAAUAAAAUGUAAAUUGCUUCUACAUCAGAGUGAAUUAUGUAGCUAAUGAGAAUUUUGACACGUUUCACCUUGAAUCCUAUUACAUGCUUGCUGAAGGAAAAUAUUACAGAAUCUUUUUCAUAUGAAAUAUAAAGAGUGCCCCCCCCCCGCGCCAAAACACACAAAAAAAUCCUUGGACACUGCCAUCAAAAAAGGGAAAGUCCACACAUGAUAUUUUACUAUUUCAAUACACAGAAAAUACUUUUAGCAGCACGUUAAAAAAGGAAUCAUCAAAAUUGGUUAAGGAAUAAGGAAACUUUAGUCAUUUCAUUAUCUUGUAAAUCACUAUCCGCUCUGCAAAUUGGCAACACUUGAUGGCAUUAUGUAUGAUCAGCUCUCCAUUCAUAUUGUACACAAAAUUUCACAUAAUCUCAUUUUUCUCCAAAGUUAAUAUGAAUUUUAUACCCUCGGUCAAUGUAUAUUAUAUGGAAAGCCAUUUUCCUCAACAUACCUCGUCCAAAGGUUAUAAAGAAUAGGUAAAUUUUUAGAUAAAUACGAAAAUGUAACAUUCCAUGUACAAAGGUAUGGAGAGCUGAUCGCAUAUGACGCCAUCAAGUGUUGCCAAUUUGCAGAGCAAAUGUAGAUUUUCAAUAAAAUCUAAAUGACUGUAAUUUCUUUAUUCCUUGAUCGAUUUCGAUCAUUCUUUUUUUUUUUAUAUGUUCAAAUUAUUCUUUCAUUGAAAUAUGAAUACAUGUAGGGUGGACUUCCCCUUUUCAAGUAUUGCUUUUAAUUUCUUACGCUAGGAAGCAGUCUUCAAGAACUAUACCAAAACUGAUAAACCUUAUCCAGCAGUUUCAACAAGACUUUUUACCAAAGGCCUGCGACCAUUGAGAUUUAGGAUGAUUUAAUUAUUUCAGUACAUGGCUCACGGGGAUUUUAUCAGAAGUUAUUUCCUUCACUUCUUGUAAAGGCUUAAACAAAAGUUUCAAAAGCAUUAAAAAACACUAUAAAUUCUACAUUCAUCCUAAUAAAGGUGAACAUUCCUUUACAGCUUUCUGUUUACAAACAUGUGUUUCCAAUUUCCAGGAAAAAAAUAACAAAAAGUAAAAAUGAUUUGUUUCUCUAUCAACUAAUUCCCUGCUCUUUUUCCAACAGGGUAUAAACAAUAACAACAAAAUCAGUCUAUGCACUUUCAGUUCACUGGCUUUCAUGCACAAACAUCAUAAAUUUUUUUUUUCCUGUAAGAAAAAAAGAUGGGAAAAUAUACAACAGCUAUUUGACUAAAUUUGGUUUCGCAUUAACCAAUUUACAGAUGCUAACAAGAGUCCAAAAUAUUCUUGAUUAAGAUUAUUUUUAAAACCAAUUGAUACAACUAAGCAAAGCCAGACGUUAGCUUGAAAGCUUUAAAUUACUUAAAAAGUACAUGCCUUGGUGCUACAAAGUUGUCAUAAAAUCUAGUGGUUUGUAGUCAACAAGUUCCUUUUGAUUCUUCACUACAUGACAACGUGGAAAACUGAAUUCUACUGCAUAGGAAUGAUACUAGUGUGAAUUGUAAUACACUGUAUCUAAUUGGACAAGUACAAAAAAUACAUUGCUGUUGUGUACAAUGAUAUGCUCUAUUUGACCAAACAGAGGAAGCUCGCUAACAUCAUGGCAGACCAGAAGUGACAACUGAUAACGUGUUCCAUUUACUUUAACCCAGUUGGCAUCAAAGAAUUAAGUAGAAAGAUCCUCUACUUGAAUUUGCUCUUGCACAAUCUGUCCAAUAUUUUCAUCUAAAUCUGACAAAAGAAGUGAACUACCUGCCCCCCCCUGGCCCAACCUCUACUAUAUUCCAAAGGAUGGUUCGACUGUAGAUGGAACGUUAGUGCUGUCUGAUGUUUUUUGGCAAGUGAUUUACAAAUGUUUUUGUAAUUACGUACAGAUUCUGCAACACGGCCAAAAUAGUGAUGUUUCGCUUCGUAUCUCAUACACCAUACAUGUACGAGUGGGCCAACUUCUCUCAAACACGUUGGAUAAUGCACCAUAAAGUGAUGUUUUGGCAACAACCUUCUGUCAGGAAAUGUUUUCUGGAAAUGUGUGUGAUGUUCUUCAAUAAGAACAGGCAACUGGGCUAUCAAGCCUGCUGUCAAUUGAGGAGCAAAAAUAAUGUCCAUACAAUCUAGCAAUCUAAGUAGCAAUUCCCAGUAGACAUUUCCUUCUUCAAUGUCGUGAGCAAUAAUGAAUGGCAGAUUUCGAAUCAAGCACCAUGCUUGCAUAGCCUUCUGUCCAACAGCAUUACUAGCUGACCUAAGUUUGAUAAAGGAUGGUUUGUUCUUGUUAUCUGUACGGUUUAAGCAAUGGCUGGCGACUCUCUGAUUCAGUUCAUCUUGGGACAAGAGUGGCGGUUGCCUUUCAUAUAUGAAAUACUCUAGAACAAGUUUUAGCUCAUACUGAACUAUGCCUUCCAAAAGAUCAUGCAUUAUAUCUAGUGAAAAGUUUGCCAAAAUAUGAAAGUAAAUACAAUCAUUCAAUACAGUCUUUUAUUUCACUCCAAACACAUGUGACUGAAUAGUUUGAGCUUCAGCUGCUUCUAAUUAUGUUGCUCAUAAGUCUGCCUGCUGCGCAUAUCCAUUGAAACCUCUUUGAAUUUGUUCUGUGCCUCUUCCUUACUUGUAACACAUAAUCGACAGUAAUAAUGAGCAGAAAAGCUCUCUACAAAUCCAAAAAGGGAAUUUGCACCAAGAUUAUCAGCACUUAUUUGAGUAAUGGUCCCCUUCUUCACAACACCAUUAGGGAGAGCAAUGCCAACUGUUGUCAGGAUGUAAAUGUCUUUUACAAUGUGCUUGAAAAUUGCAUUAAAUCCAUAUUUCUUGGCAUCUUCAGCAUACCACAGAGCUAUAAGAUUGAUAUUGGAGAGAUUGGAAUUAUACUUUGGUGGCAGAUUUUUCAAAAUGAAAUAUAAAGCACCUAACUUGUGAAUUUUUGUUUUUGAACCAAUAGGGUUCACAGUCUCAAAAUCAUCAUAAAAACAGUGAAUCUGGAGGGCAUUCUCAUCUUCAUGGAAAAGAGGGAUUUUCUCAAAUUGUGAACCAUCACAAUAAUCUCUCAUUACACCAUCUGUGCUCUUAUGGUCAUGAGUAGCAAAAUGCAAUAUAUCUUUAUUGCUUAAAAGCUGCUUUAAAGAAUCUAAAAUAGGAACGUAAACAAAUGUAUCUUCAAUAGCAAUCUGUUCAUACUGCUUAGUUCUUUUAUUGAGACGACUAUCAUAUCAGAUGCCUAACUUGAUUUCUUGUGGUUCAACAAGUCCAAUUGAUUCACACAGUGCUUUGUCCGCUUAUAUUCUGAAUUCAAAUUUUCAAAGGGCUUUUCAAGCAUGGCUAAAUGUGUUUGAAUCUCCUUAUAAGCCUCGGAUUCUAUAGGCAGCUUAUGUUUUAAGAAAGCAGUUGUAACAGCUGCUGAUGCACUUAUACUACAUCACCCACAAUCACACUGGUUGAUUCUACUACAUCAUUUAUAACUUUUCCAGAGUUUGCACUAUUUGCUGAAAAUUUUGAAAUUACAUUUGCACACUGCCUGUUCAGGGUAUCUAUGGAUAAAAUGUCAUCUUCAUAUACAUCCUGAUCUUCAACAAUCUCAUCAUCAUCAAUAUUGAAUUCUUGAAGACUUGCUUCACAUAAGUCACUAACUCUAUCAUUUUCAUUAGACUGCUCUUCAUCAUCUGGAAAAUCAGUUUUGAGGUGAGUCUGCAAAUGUACCCGAAAUCCACGAAAAGUAUGAAAUGUUCUUGCACAAGCUCCCUGCCCACAGGUCAACACUUCUUUACCAUCUUCUAUUACUCCAUGUUUCAAUCUCAAAUGUUGAACUAAUUUGGGUAUUGCAAACUGUUUGUGGCAUUUGAAGCAAAUCAUGGCGCUAACAAUUUGGAUCGCAUUUCACGAACUCUGGGAGAUUCACGGGACACUCCCACAUCGAUUUCGUAAAUGGCAGUCUGGACAAAAGUCCAGAACUGCCGCAGAGACAAGCAGUACUGCAGGCCAAACACAAAGUGGGUUUUGAACAGUAAAUCUACUGCUGCUUCGACCGUGCGUACUGAACAUGGAAUGGCCUUGUGAUCCACGAUGAUCAAGUAGCUGGUGAUUCGGGCCUUGGAAUUGCCAAUUGCAAGAAGGAACGGUUGGCUCUGCGUCUCUUUUGUGCCGUUGAGGAAUGCUUGAAUACUCCCUCCAGUCUGUGUUGAAGACAAAUUAUUUGUAUAGAAUGUAACUAGCACCCAAAGCAUAUCAAUAAACAAUAUAUUUUGAUCACCAUUUUGAAACAACAGCCUUACAUGUAGUUCUGGGGGAAAUUCUUGUAUGUGUUUUGCAAAAGGGUUAUUGGACAGUAAUGUAUGACAUAAAACCGAUGAAAUAUACAUCAAAGAAAAGAAUUUGAAUCUGUCCAUCAAAUGAUAUCAUCAAAAUAUCAGAGUACCAUAUUUUUUGUAAUUACUAGUAAAUAAAAUUUUUCUUAACCUGUAGAGGGGUAAAAAUGCAAGUACUUUCAAAGCAGGUUUUAUGUAUAUGAUUAAGGUGCAAGGUGGGGUGAAAAUGAACAAUUUCGACAGCUGAAGUAUAUUGGUUAUCGAAUCGAAGAUAAUAGGAGAAACCCCAACAAACUAUAUAUCAAUGGAAAGCUCAUACUUCAAGGAAUGAUAAAAUGCUCAUUUUGCCACGUUUGAACAGAUAAUAUGCAAAUUAGGCUAAUUACACCCAAAACAUCAAAAAAUUUGAAAAAAAUAAUGUUCAUUUAAAAAAUCUAACUUCUUCGUCAAUUUCCAUCCAAUUUGCAUGAAAUUUUUAGGACAUAUUUGGGUGGGCUAAUAAUCAAAUUAAUGUCGGGUUUUUUGAAAAUUUUGAGCAGAACCUAAUUUUUUUUUAUUUUCGUUGAAAUUUCAGAUUUUUCUUUGAUUUUUCAUCAUAAAAACUCUCGUGGGGUAGCUAUUGCAAAAAGCCACCAUUAAUUUGAUUAUUAGCUUAUCCCAAACAUUUCCUGAAAAUUUUAUGUAAAUCGGACGAAAAUUGACGAAGGAGUUACAUUUUUAAUAAUUUUUGCACGAAAAAAUCUGAUUUUGAGAAAACAGCCAUUUUGUUUUCUUUAACUAAUGGUUUACUAUGGGGAAAAAAUUCAUACCCCAUUUUUAAGAGAGAUAAGAAUAUAUUUGCAGAAAAUGGAAACCGGAAUCAAAGAGUACACAUAUAAAGAUGCCUUUUCAGCUAGGAAAAAAAAUUUGACCUUCAAUUUUUUUUUACCCCACCUUGCACCUUAAGCAGGGUCUUUCUGAUGUGGAUGGUCAAGACAUUUCAACUUCCAUAAGAAGGAUUACGAAAAAUAAAGAUACAAUUUCUGCACUAUUAUUAACUUGCAGCAAAUUUGUAUUGAAUUUUUACUAUUGCGGCAUGAAAUAUCACACAAGUUGUUACUAUGUUCUCAUAUACAACAUGUUCUUAGUAUUUGUUUGCAAACCCCGAUGUCUAUAUGAGCUGUUUAAGUUUAUUUUAUGCGAAUUGAGGCGGACGAAGACUGACAAAUUGAACAAAUAAGGAAGAUUAUACAUGCAGUGCGAAGGCGAAUUGUUCUCUGGGACAAUAAGCAUGAGUUUGUACAAGUCACCUUCGCGCGGUGCGUAUAAUGUUCCGUAUUUCUCCAAUUCGUCAACUUUCGUCUGCCUCAAUUUGCAUAGAUGUGAGGGGGCUUUUACUCUGACCAAUUUUAAGGCGGGUGAAGUUCUUGAAUAGGCCUAAAUUUCUUGAGCAAAUCAGUCUAAGCCUCAAGAUCAUAAACCAAUAUAAUUGUUCUCUUUGAACACACAUCAAGAUGCUUUUUGCAACUUUUUUUUAAUGCAGCAAGAAUGUGUUUUAUGAGCAGGGUAUAAACAGGGCUCCACACUAACCCAUUUUUUCUACUGGUCCAACCUAUUCAUGUCGGACCAGUAGAUACCCAGUUUUUCAAAUUUUUACUGGUCCGAACCUAAAAUCUACUGGUCCCCCAAAAUAAAGAAAACAUUUAAAAAAAGGCGCAAGUUUAUUUUUCGAGCCUUUCGUUCCCCCCCCCCCACCAAAUAAAAUGAAGGAAUGAAGGACAAAAAGAAAGCAAGACA